AUGGCAUGCAAGAUUGAGGGAAAAGAAAAAUACCAACACAGCUUGAAUUUACUGAAUAAAGUUAAGAACAUGAAAGAAUUAGCAGAAAUGAUUGAUGUAGUACUCAUAGCAGAAGGAGAGAAAUUUCCUUGCCACAGACUGGUCCUGGCUGCUUUUAGUCCUUAUUUCAAAGCUAUGUUCACCUGUGGACUACUUGAAUGUACUCAGAGAGAAGUCAUACUUUAUGACACCACAGCAGAAAGUGUGUUGGUUAUAUUAAAUUUCAUGUACAAUGCAGCUUUGGAGAUCAAUAAUGCCAAUGUACAGACUGUAGCUAUGGCUGCCUAUUUUAUGCAGAUAGAAGAAGUUUUUAGUGUGUGUCAAAAAUAUAUGAUGGAUCAUAUGGAUGCCUCUAACUGUGUAGGUAUCUAUUAUUUUGCAAAGCAGAUUGGAGCUGAAGAUUUAUCUGAUCAGUCGAAGAAAUAUUUAUAUCAGCACUUCGCUGAAGCAAGCUUACAUGAAGAAAUACUAGAAAUCGAAGUGCAUCAAUUUCUGACGCUUAUUAAAUCAGAUGACCUUAACAUAUCCAGAGAGGAGAGCAUUCUGGACUUAGUUCUGAGAUGGGUAAAUCGUGACCAAGAAUUACGCAAAGAACAUCUUGUUGAGCUUUUGAAGCAAGUCAGAUUGGAACUUAUAAACCCUUCUUUUUUAAGACAAGCCCUAAAAAGGAACACAAUGCUUCUAUGUGAUGCUAAUUGCAUUGACAUAAUUCAAAACACAUUCAAAGCUUUCAAGACACCUCAACAACACCCUCUAAAUCUUCGUUAUGGCAUGGAGACUACUAGUCUUUUGCUUUGCAUUGGCAACAAUUCUUCAGGAAUUAGGUCAAGACAUAGGAACUAUGGGGAUGCCAGUUUUUGUUAUGAUCCUGCAUCACGGAAGACCUAUUUUAUCUCAUCUCCCAAGUAUGGGGAGGGUUUAGGAACUGUGUGUACUGGUGUUGUCAUGGAAAACAAUGCUGUAAUUGUGGCUGGAGAAGCAAGUGCCUCUAAACUCUCUAGACAAAACAACAAGAAUGUUGAAAUCUAUAGGUAUCAUGACAGAGGAAACCAGUUUUGGGAAAAGUUAUGUGCAGCUGAAUUUCGAGAGCUCUAUGCUCUGGGCAGUGUCUAUAAUGACCUCUAUGUUAUAGGAGGACAGAUGAAAAUUAAAAACCAGUAUCUUAUUACAAACUGUGUUGAUAAAUACUCUGUAGAACAAGACAAUUGGAAAAGAGUGUCUCCUCUCCCACUGCAAUUGGCGUGUCAUGCUGUAGUGACAGUGAAUAAUAAGCUUUAUGUGAUUGGAGGCUGGACUCCUCAGAUGGAUCUUCCUGAUGAAGAACCUGAUCGAUUAAGCAACAAACUGUUGCAGUAUGACCCCAACCGAGAUCAAUGGACAGAGCGGGCACCCAUGAAGUACUCUAAGUACCGAUUCAGUACAGCCGUAGUCAACAGUGAGAUUUAUGUUUUGGGUGGAAUUGGCUGCGUAGGUCAAGACAAGGGGCAGGUUCGAAAGUGCCUUGAUGUGGUGGAGAUCUAUAACCCUGAUGGGGACUUUUGGAGAGAGGGUCCACCUAUGCCAAGUCCCCUGCUCUCUCUUCGAACCAAUUCUACCAAUGCAGGAGCAGUGGAUGGGAAGCUAUAUGUCUGCGGGGGAUUCCACGGAGCAGAUCGCCAUGAAGUUAUCUCCAAAGAAAUAUUGGAGCUGGACCCAUGGGAAAACCAGUGGAAUGUUGUAGCCAUCAAUGUCCUCAUGCAUGACAGCUAUGAUGUCUGCCUGGUGGCCAUGAUGAACCCCCGAGACCUCAUCCCUCCACCUUCAGAUUUGAUAGAAGAAGGCAAAGAGCACUGA